AUGGGUGGAGACAGAGUCGUACUUAAGUAAGAAAUUUCUUUAGCAAGGAGGACACAAUCUCUUACCCAUUGAGUAGAUCACAGCUGCUAGCCAAAAAGAAUACGAGCCAUUUCCUCAUGAUGGAUAAACAGAAGGCAGUUCUUCAGAAGCUGGCACAGAUCUUCCACAUCAGGCACCGGAUUCUUCAGCAGGGACUGUCAGAGUGCCUGGGGACCCUGGUUCUUGUGACGUUUGGCUGUGGCUCGGUGGCCCAGAUGCUUCUCAGCAGAGGUUCCCACGGCAGGUUCCUCAGCGUCAACCUGGCCUUUGGAGUCGCCACCACGCUCGGGAUCCUCAUCAGUCGACAGGUGUCUGGUGGUCACCUGAACCCGACCGUGACCUUUGCUCUCUGCCUCCUUGGGAGAGUGCCAUGGAGGAAGUUCCCGGUUUACUUCCUCUUCCAGACAUUAGGGGCCUUCCUGGGGGCCGGGAUCAUAUUUGGCAUGUAUUCUGAUGCACUGUGGGCUUACGGCCAGGGGACGCUGUCUGUGGAGGGGACCAACGCCACGGCGGGGAUCUUCGCUACGUAUCCCUCCCCACAUCUCAGUCUACUCAAUGGAUUCUUCGACCAGGUGAUCGGAACGGCCACAUUAAUCGUGUGUAUCCUGGCCAUCGUGGACCCCCACAACACCCCGGUCCCGGCGGGUCUGGAGGCCUUCACGUUGGGGCUGGUGGUGCUGGUGAUCGGCCUCUCCAUGGGCUUCAACUCGGGCUACGCCGUGAACCCCGCCCGGGACCUUGGGCCGCGCCUCUUCACCGCGCUGGCGGGCUGGGGCAGCGGGGUGUUCACGGUGAAGGGCUACUGGUUCUUGGUGCCCCUGUUCGCCCCGUUCCUAGGUGCAGUGGUGGGGGUGGUGAUUUACCAGCUGAUGGUGGGCUAUAACGUGGAAGGAGAGGCACGCAUCCAGGGAAGACGAGAGGAAGAGGAAAGCCUCCUAAGUACAACCACCAUCAAUGAAGAGGCAUAAGACAUUAUGUGUCCUUUGUUGCUACCAUAUAAAUAUUUUACGUUGUAUAUUUUUGGUAAAGGUUUUACGUCUCCUAUGUAUUAUUCUACAGAUUGUCUUGAAGUUUGCUUGGUUUAUUGAUUGAAACUAAUAUCCUGUAAUAUAUUGUUGAAUCCUGUUAUAAAAUGCAGUUGCACAUAGAAAGUAACAGCUGAAACCAAAUGCUUUUCAAUUUAAACAUGUGGAUCUUCUGAUCUUGUUUUGUAAACCUUGGUGGUAGAGUGGACACUGCAUUAGGUCUCAAGGCAUCUCUCCUUUCCCCUCUCUCCUGUUCCCUCUCCUCCUCUGUUCUACCUGUUUCCACUCCUCUCCUUGUCUCUUAAGACAGUCGAGACGUUCACAUUUCACAAUGAAGUUAGGUUGUUCGGAAAGGGUCAAUCUUGCUAUCUUUGCUUUUGGCGACUCAGUUGAAAGUAAAGAAAAUAAACCUUCUCCUUUGAGGAAAG